AUGGCAGGCUAUGGUGGAGCUGCAGACGGAACAGCUUAUAACCCUCAAAGUCAAAUGAAUUUGAGUUCACUCAAAAAUCAAAUAACAGAUGUCAAAAAGUCAAACAUAGACAUACAGAAACAAAUAAGUGAAAACGAAAAGAAACUAGAAUAUGACAGACACACAAAGAAACUCAAUGAGUUAAACGUAGAGAAAAAGAAGAAAGAAGAACAACUGAAAGAACUAAGUACAGAGGAAUAUGCGAAAAAAGUGUCAGAAAAAGCAGCAGAAGUAGCAAAAAUGGAACAAGAUGUUAUAAAUUUGAAAAACCAUACUACUCAAUAUAAAGUACUGAAAGAUGAAGAAAUAAAACAAAAAGCCCUGAAGACAUAUAUGGAUAGCGAUGAGUAUAAAAAAGAAGUUGAAGCAAAUGUAAAGGCAGAAAAACUUUUACAGUUGCAAAACCAAACCGUACAGUAUGAAAACUUAGCACAAGAAAGUAAAAAUAACGACGCAGCCAUGCAAAAGGCAAUGAAAAGCGCAGAAUAUAUAAAAGCUAAUAAUGACUGGUUAGACGCCCAAGCCAACGCUAAAGCAGCCCAACUUAUAGGGUCAAUAAGGACAAAAAUACAAGCGGAUGAAGACAGUUCAAAUGAAGCUUUAACGAAUGCUGACUUUAAGAACGCCUUCGAAGCUCUUCAUAGUAAGGUGAAACUAGUGAACGACUUCUCAUCUGGAAAGAAACUGAAGUCUGAAGGUUUCGACAAAGAGUUAAAAGAAGUAGCACAAAAUAUGACGAAAAUAACAGAUGCAGCAACGAGACAGGCAGUUCAAAGUGCCCAUGACGCCGUUAGAACAGCUGUUGUGGAAAGUCAAGAAAAAGAGUUACAACAGACCAAAAGAGACCUAGUAAAUGCUUUCUUAAGAACGAAAAGUCAGGUAGGACAUUAUGCUGCAGAUGGAACAUAUGUGCCAGCUGGUGGAACUUAUAUAC